UUCCCAAUUUACCCUGCCACCCACUUUUUGACUGUUCUGUUCCUCGUUCUGCUCACGGGCUUGUCUUUUUUUUUCUCGAAAGUGUCUUUUAAUUGAUGAUCUUUAUCUCUUAGUGAGCAUCCACUGGAGCCAAAACUCGUUCAAUUAAGUCUAACUUGACUCAUUGUGCUUAUUGUUUCAACUCGUCGCAACCAUGAGCCGAUUCCGGAGAAUCGAGAUUCUCGAGUCUCACUGCCCCUCGCUCUUUGUUAGAGAAGCUGUUUUAGCUCCCAAGGCUCUAGCUUUUCCCUCAUUCCUAGUAGAAGAGGAACACGAUGAUCUCAGUUUUGCUCUUGAUCUUUUAAACCCUAAUCCCACUCCCUUUGAGCUCUUCGACCCAGUGUCGGAUCUGAUCCAAAUCGAAAAAAUGCCAUCGUUUUACUCUUACAAGAGGGUCCAGCGACGACUGGGGACCGAGUUGUUCUUAGAGACCUUAUGUGAUCGAGUCAGCGCUCUCGAGUCUAGGUUUGACCGCUUGCUCAGCUCAGAGAUCCGCGGUGGAGACCGGAAGUACACAUGGACAGCAGAGAUCAAGGGGCCGGUAGAAAGGAAGUACAAGUGGACUGCGGAGAUCAAAGAAGCAAAGAAGACUAAAGAAGAGAAGGAGAAGAAGGUGGGAAUUGAGAAGAACUACAAAUGGGUUGCUGAGAUUAAGGGGAAAGAUGAGGAGCAACCGAUAACUCGUAAAUACACUUACGAAAUAUCCAGGGGCAAUGGGGACGAGUGUAGCGGAUCAGUGAAAAAAGAUAAGAAGGAUAAGAAGGAGAAGAAAGAGAAGAAAACAGAUAAUGCCGUGCGGUUGGUGGAGAUUGAGGAACCCAAUGAUCAUGGGGUUGUGGUGCUGAGGCAGGCGUUUGCAAAGAGAGCUGGAGUAUCUAGGAUUCUCAAGGGAAAGCAGAAGGAAUUGUCUCCUGAAGAUGCUGCAUUGUUGAUCCAGCUGAGUUUCAGAGCAUAUCUAAUACGUAGAUCAAAGGCUCUUCGAGCUCUUAGAGAGCUUGCUAUUGCUAAGGCCAAGUUGAAGGAGAUCAGAGCAUUGUUCAAUAAUUUCUCCUACCGUAGACAAAUAGCUCGUGAUGCGGAGGAGCGCCAGAGGUUCUCUGAGAAAAUUAUUGUCCUGCUCCUCACAGUUGAUGCCAUUGAGGGAGCUGAUCUGAUGGUGAGAGGUGCAAAAAGGUCAAUGGUAGAUGAGCUGGAGGCAAUGCUUGAUGUGGUGGACCCUCAGCCUCCUGGGAAAUUAUUUUCAAUGAAAAGACGGACAUUUGAUAUGCCUGAUGCUGUCAUUCAGAAGGAAAUAGCAGCAGGAGUGGCUCAAGUUGUGCAAAUGAUUAAUGAAGAUUGAAGAGACUCGAUGCUGGGCUGCUGUCCCUUCUGAGGCGUGCUUGUGACUACAUGAGUUUGUAAAAGAUUGUCCCUUUUUUCGGGUUUGGGUUUAGUUGGUGUCCAGACAUUUUGUUGUUGUAUUGAGACAUAUGGAGCAGAUUUGAACUAGUUGGCCUGUUGCUGUGCAAUGUUUGUAGAUUUCUUGUGCUCCUCUUGAAAGCUUCCUUCACUGUGUUUGAUAAGGCUGUAGUAGUUUGUUGUUAUAAUUAUUUCCAUCUCCAGUUCACAUGAAUGUGCUCAAUGACAAUUUUUUUUUUUAUUUUCUGAGA